AGAAGAGUUCAGGGACAGGAAUCUCGGGGCAGGCACCUCAACAGCAACAGCAACAGCAACAACAACAACAGCAGCAGCAGCAGCAGCAGCAGCCGUCGAAGAAGAAGAAGACUGGACCAGUACUACUAGGGAUACCGGAUUCACCGAUGGAUCCACAGGAGGAUAGGGAUCCGUAUGUGACCAAGAUCGGAGGUGUUCCUACAUGGCUGGACGAGGAUGUGCCGGCACCGAGCAAGUUCGGGGUCUGUGAGGGAUGUGGCCGGGAGAUGUAUUUGCUCCUGCAGGCCUAUGUCCCACUCGAGAAAUCGCCCUUUGAUCGGGUCGUCUAUGUCUGGGCAUGUAAUCAGCGGCUCUGCAUGCGGAAGAAAGGAAGCUUCCGAGUGGUGCGGGCGUUGAAGGUGAAUCCGGAGUAUGCACAGAAGCUGGAGAAGAAGGCCAAGCCUAGUGCUGCAGCCGCAGUACCAGCACUUCCGGCAGCAUCGGCGUUUGGAGCACCAAUGGCGAAUCCAUUCGCGGCACCGGGGGCGUUUGAUAUGGGAAAUGCAUUGUUUGGCGGAGCAGGAGCAGGAUUCAACAAUCCUUUUGCACCCCCGGCUUCCAAUACUACGAAUCCGUUCGCGCCUCCUCCAGGAUUCGGGGCACCGGCACCGGCACCGGCAUCUGCAGCCGUAUCUACCCCAGGAUCAAAAUCGUUUGCAAGUGCGACGUCGGCAAAUAUUUCAAAGGAAGAAUCCUCCAACGAAAACGAGGAAGAGGAGGAUACUGCUGAUGAAUCAAGAAUAUGGCCUGAGGAAUUAUCAUCGUUCGAACCCCACUAUUUGUACAUCACCGAAGAAGUCCUCGAGGACUCGGACGCGAUCUCGGACGACAUCUCUCAGCGCUAUAGUCACCUCCUUGCCCUCGAAGAAUCUCUCGCCAAUGACUCCCCCGAUGACAAUAACGACGGCGACUCUGCCUCUGGAAGCGCAAACGGUGCAUCUUGGAGCGGUGAGGCCUACGAAAAAGCGGCCUUGCCCAAGGGUGUGGACAAGGCGUUUCAGAAAUUCACAGAACGUGUUCAAUACUGGCCAGACCAAUGCGUGCGCUAUGAUUUUCCGGGGACACCAUUGAUGUUCUCGUGGUCGGAUCGAGCCGCACAGACGCUCCUCCCUGCGAACGUGGCUAGGCAUUCAAAACACACAACGCCGAGUGCGCACAGGAUCCCGAGGUGUCCGAAGUGUAAGGGGCCUCGGGGGUUUGAGUUCCAGUUGAUGCCGAAUUUGUUGUCGUUGCUGGAUGUGGGUGCGACAAAGUACUUGGCCGAAGACGAGAAGAAGGCGGCGAAGGAGCGGAAGGGGGCGCAGGCGUUUGAAAUUGGGAUGGAGUGGGGGACGGUGAUGGUAUAUAGUUGUGUAGAGGAUUGCUUUGGCAAGGCGGUAGGAAAGGAGAUGGAGGCAGAAGGAGGGGUAGGGCAGAAAGUCAGGUACUUUGAAGAGGUCGCACUCGUACAGUUUGAGGAUUAGACAGGGUCUUGAAACUGAGCCAAAC